AUGCCUGGAGUUACUGUAAAAGACGUUAUCCAGCAGGAGUUCGUCAGAGCUCUGGCAGCCUUCCUCAAAAAGUUCAGGAAGCUGAACGUCCCAGAAUGGGUGGACACAGUCAAGCUGGCCAAACAUAAAAAGCUUACCUCAUAUAAUGAGAACUGGUUCUACACAAGAGCCGCUUCCACAGCACUGCAUCUGUACCUCCGUGGUGGCGCAGAGGCUGGUUCCAUGACCAAGAUCUACGGAGGAUGGCAGAGAAACUGUUUCAGGCCCAGUCACUUCAGCAGAGGCUCUAGGAGUGUCCUCCAAACCCUGGAGGGGCUGAAAAUGGUGGAAAAGGACCAAGAUGGGGGCCGCAAGCUAACACUUUAG